AAUUACAACUGGGCUAAGUGCACCAGCAAACCAUUCCGAGAACUAUUCAGUCCGUCAAAGCAGCGUCACAUUCUGUCUUCUUGCGAGGAUAAUCGCCAGGGUUUCUGUUAGCCAUGGCCUCUCAACCCCACGCUAGAUACACGCGGGUUCCUACUUCCGACUCCGACGCAGCUCCUGACUUCGCCUCGCACCCUCAAACCGCAUCUUCCGCCUUUUCUCCGUCCACCACGGGGAGAGCGCGAGCCUCGAGCGACGGCGACAUUCGUUUCACGGGUCCCGACAUCCAAAGACGCGUGCCGAAGCGGUCGGUGCUGCUCGCGCUGUUUCUGCUCUUCCUCGGAUCCGCGUCGCUCGUCGUCUUCUACCUCAUGCAAUCCGGUCAAGUCGAGGCCGGCGGGCAGCAAAAGUGGACGUGCCUAGCGAUCGCCUUCCUCACAUUGAUGCCUGGCUUUUAUGAAAGCCGCAUUGCUUACUACUCCUGGAGACAAGCCCCAGGGUACUCGUUUUCACAAAUACCUCGGUACUAGCCGAGUUAGGAUUACUAGCCUGCAGUCGGUGCUUGAGUAGAGGACCAGUAUGGUUUGUCUGAUUUUGUAAGUUUGUGGACGUUUUGUAGAUAUUUUUCAGUCAAAACCAAUCAGGACAUACAACGUAAGGGGUGUAUGUUCAUUCCAAAGUGCUGCUUUGCAGCCUACGUUAAAGUAUGGUUUGCACG